AUGGCGUCAGGGAAGGGGAGCGUGGCCAUGGAGGUGCAGGGCGGAGAGAGGUCGGUCAGCAGCGCGUGCUGCGCGCGGUGCGGGCGUGAGAACAGCGACGGGCACGGGCUGGGGAAAAUCCAGACGGUCAUCUUCGUGGUCGCCGACCGGCUGAGCACGUGGCUUUCGUUCGUGUUCCGGCCACGCGGGAGGAAACAGGUGGUAGCAUGCAUCGCGUUUUGGGUCUUCAUCGCCGCCGUCAGCGUGGUCUUCGCGCUCUACGUCACGCCCCCCAUCAUCGACGAGGGCAUCAUCCCGCUGAUGGAGAGCGCCGAGGAGUCGCUAGCGACGCACUGGAUCGUGAUCAUCUCGAUAUCAUGGAUGGCGGUCAUGCCGUGCAUUUUCUUCCCCACAACUCCCGCGACGUGGCUGGCAGCGCUGACGCUCCCGCUCGGCUGGGCGAUCGCCGUCGUCCUCGCCGGCGCCUACAUCGGCUUCUGCACGUCCUUCUUCUUCGGCCGCUGGCUCCUCCGCGACGCCAUCGCGCGGGUCGUAGUCUCGCGGCCGCGCAUGCGCGCGCUGCUCCUGAUCAUCGAGGAGGUCGGCCAGUGGCGUGCUAUCUGCAUUAUGCGCAUGUGCCUGUCUUACAUAGUGGCGUCCUAUAUCUGUGCGGUCUCGGAGGGCGUGACGUUCGUGCCGUACGCCGUCGCGUCGAUCGUCGUCGAGACGCCGUUCUUCAUCGUCGGCGUCUUCCUGUCCCGCGAACUCAAGAGCUUGUCGCAGCUCCUUCAAGGGAACAGCAUUCCCACGCUGCGGCUGGUGACGAUCUGCGUCAGCGCGUCUGCGGGGCUCGUGAUGCUAGUCGGGGGCGGCUGGUACGGCCGCCGCGCGAUGAAGAAGGCGGUGCUACGCGUGCAGGAGGAGGAGAGGGCGCUCGAGGCCGCGCACGGAGGCGGGCGGAUAUGCGCUGCGUGUCGGUGCGUCACGGCGGACGACGGGCUGCUGAUGAUUGCGCACGCGGGCGACGGGGAAAGGCACGCGAACGGGGACGCGGGCCGCGCGGGAGCGGGGGGGUCGCAGGACGGAGGCGGGGGACAGGAACAUGAGUCCGCCCUUGUGGCGCCAGGGUCCCCAGGGCGCCCGCAUAGCGCAGGACGAGAGGGCGACGAAGCAGUUGUGUAA